CAUCGAGCCGCUGGUUCUUCAAUCAGUUGCCGAGUGAUGACGACGUGAUCAAUAGUUUUAAAGUAUACAAAUUUAAAGAAUAUUGUCGAUUUAUAUAUGGGAUAUCAUUCAUGAUAAUUCUAUUUCGUUCAAAUUUUUAACUUGACAUUAUCCGACUUAGAUUUGAAUUAUGAUUUAGUCUUCACCAGGAAAACGAUAUAACACAUACGAUUUAAAAAUAUAAUUGUUUAUGCACGCAUUGUUAAGUCAUCAUUGUAUUUAUUUGUUUGCAUUGUGAUCAAGAUUCUUCUUGAGAAUGAAAGACAUUUUAACGCGUAUACGACAAAGCUCAUUAUGUCACUUGUUAAUGCAGCGAUAAACUUGCAAUCAAGAAUGGUGACAGUGGGAAUUUGUAAUUUCAUUGUUUUCUGGGUUAUUGUAUUACGAAGCGAAGCAAAUGGAAAAUAUCUGGAGGGUCUCAAUGUAAACUUAGGAGAUGCUCUUUUAUUUUUGAGAGAAUAUGAUAGUGCAGCUUCAUUAAUGUGCACGAGAGUGACAAUGGCCCAGUGGAAUUUUGCGACAAACGUUACCGAUGCAAAUCGUCAGAGAAUGAUAGACGAACAAACAUUAAAAUUAAAAUUUGAAAGAGCUUCCUGGCGGAAAGCAAUCACUUUUGCUUGGAGUCGAAUACCGGAUCCUUUAGCAAGAAGGGAACUUAAAAUGAUUGUUACAAAAGGUCGGAAUUCCUUGACAGAUGAUAAAUUUAAUGAGAUACACCAUUUAAUAACAGAGAUGAAAGAGAUUUAUAUUAAAGCCAGAGUUUGUCCGUACAAACAGAUUGAAUUGAAUGGAGAAUGUAAUUUGACUCUAGAUUACGAUAUUAAUAAAAUAAUGGCACAAUCAAAAGACUAUGACGAAUUAUUGUAUUAUUGGCAUGCUUGGCAUGAAGCAACUGGUCCACAACUUCAAAAUAAAUAUUUGAGAUAUGUCCAAUUAGCUAAUCGAGCAGCUAAAUUAAAUGGUUUUGCUGAUGCUGGCGAUCAGAUGAGGGAGUUGUUCGAAGAUGAAUAUUUUCAGCAAAAUAUAGCAGAAGUGAUGUCAGCCAUCUCUCCGCUAUACAAGAAUCUUUUUACUUACGUGCGAUCAAAAUUGAUUGAAAGAUACGGCAACCGGAUACGAGAGGACGGACCUUUACCGGCGCAUGUUUUGGGAAAUAUGUGGGCUCAAAAUUGGGAAGCUCUGUUCGAUUUGGUCCAACCUUUUCCUGCGAGCAGAAAACUCGAUGUGACUGUGGAUAUAAUGAUUCAGAGUAUCACUCCAAUGAGGAUGUUCCAAAUAGCGGAGGAGUUUUUCACUUCACUUGGAAUGAAACCGAUGCCGCCGGAAUUUUGGAAAUUUUCUAUAUUUGAAAAGCCCAUUGACAGAGAAGUUAAAUGCACUCCCAGUGCGUGGGACUUUUGUAACAAAAUCGAUUACAGAAUAAAACAAUGUACCAGAGAUACAAUGGAAGAUUUGUUAUCGACUCAUUACGAAAUGACACAUUUGCAAUAUUAUUUGCAAUAUAAAGAUCAUCCAUUAUUAUUCCGAAACGAGGCAAUGCCGGGAUUCUACGAAGCUGUUAGCGAUGCGAUUGGUUUAUCUGUUUUUACUCCACAGCAUUUACAUAAAAUCGGAUUGUACAAGAAUUUAACAGAUGAUUAUGAUAGCAGUAUAAAUUUUUUGAUGCUAAUGGCUCUUCGUAAAGUGGCUUAUAUGCCGUUUGCUUAUAUAGUUGAUCAGUGGAGAUGGCACAUUUUUAGCGAUGGUGUGGAAGAUAUGACAGCACGUUGGUGGGAAUUAAAAUUGCAAUAUCAGGGUAUUGUUCCACCUAUGCCUAGAUCCGAAAGGAAUUUCGAUCCGGCAGCAAAGUAUCAUAUCCCAGCGGACAGUCUUUACGUCAAAUAUUUUGUAAGCAUUGCCUUACAAUUUCAAUUGUUCCAGUCACUGUGUGAGAUUUCUGGUCACACAGGCGAGUUGCAUACCUGUGAUAUUUACAGAUCCCGGGAAGCAGGUCGAUUAUUAUCAGAUGUUCUAUCAAUAGGAUCUUCUAGAUCAUGGCAAGAUGUUAUCAGGCAAAUGACAAGAGGUAGAGCAAAUAGAAUAGACGCUGGUGCCAUGCUCAAAUAUUUUGAGCCUUUAAAUGCGUGGUUAAAACGACAAAAUAAAAUGCAGCCUGUGAUCGGCUGGAUCACGAAUCACGAUGACAGAGGAAUUUUUCAUUUUGUUUCAGCAUUGUUCGCCGAAUGGUAUCAAAAUAAUGCAGAAAAAAUUAAAUUAUGGAGUUUAUUCCCUUUACUGCUUGUUUGCAAAGCUUUUAUUUAUUAAUGAAUAAUAUAUCUGAUUCGAAAAGUAUAAACUCA